AUGGACAGAAGAGCACUGUGUACUGCUUCUGGGAUGUGCCUGAAGACAAAGGAGAAUUUUGGCUUCCUGUCCCGCCGCCAUCAGAAAGCUGCAGCCGUGGCCCUGCGCUACCCCAUGGCCGUGGGCCUCAACAAAGGCCACAAAGUGACGAAAAACAUCAGCAAGCCGAGACACAGCGGCCACCGCGGGCGCCUCACUAAGCACGCCAAGUUCGUGAGAGAUAUGAUCCGGGAGAUGUGCGGCUUCGCGCCCUACGAGCGGCGCGCCAGGGAGCUGCUCAAGGUGUCCAAGAACAAGCAAGCACUCAAGUUUAUCAAGAAGAGGGUGGGCACGCACAUCCGCGCCAAGAGAAAGAGGGAGGAGCUGAGCAACGUGCUGGCAGCCAUGUGGAAGGCGGCGGCCAAGAAGGAUUGAUGACCCCUCCCCCAAUAAAAGAUG